AGGGGCAACGACGUAAUUUUAGGACAAGAGCACGUUAAAAUGGCCAAACUAUUUCGUUCACCCAAGCCUGUAUAAAAAUCAUCAUCUUGCCUCGUGAACGACUGUAACUUUACAGAUAUAUGUUCUCGCAUUCACAUCAUCAUUCUCACAUCCAGGGCGGCAAAUAUGCUUCUUGCUACAAUUUAGCUUUCUUUCGACGCCUCCAAUACAGAGCAAACAGCUCUCUGUCGCCAGCUUCUCUUGCUCUAUUGGUAAUCCACCUACCCCCUUGGGCCUUAGCUUCCAUAUCCAAUGGCUCAUCCUCCGCAACCUGACCCCUUUCCUGACUCCCGCCGCGAAGUCGAUGCCGGUGCAGCCUUCGUCCUCGAAUCAAAAGGCGAGUGGUGGCACGCGGGGUUCCAUUUGACGACGGCGAUAGUGGGGCCUACAAUACUGACUUUGCCAUACGCGUUCAGAGGUCUAGGGUGGGGCCUGGGCUUCUUAUGCUUAACAGUGAUGGGAGUCGUUACCUUCUACUCUUACUAUCUCAUGUCCAAGGUGCUCGAACACUGUGAGAAAGCCGGUCGGCGCCAUAUACGCUUCCGUGAGUUAGCCGCCGACGUUUUAGGGUCUGGUUGGAUGUUUUAUUUUGUCAUAUUUAUUCAAACAGCCAUCAACACUGGAGUUGGUAUAGGAGCAAUUUUGCUUGCAGGGGAAUGCAUUCAGAUCGUGUACUCGAACCUCUCUCCCAAUGGAUCCCUAAAAUUGUACGAGUUCAUAGCAAUGGUGACAGCAGUAAUGAUUGUUCUCUCUCAGCUUCCAACCUUCCACUCCCUCAGACACCUCAACAUGGCUUCACUGCUUCUCAGUUUGGGCUACACUUUCCUUGUAGUUGGUGCUUGUAUUCAUGCAGGUCUCGCAAAAAAUGCACCUCAAAGGGAUUAUUCGCUAGAAUCUUCUGAGUCUGCAAGGGUCUUCAGUGCCUUCACUUCCAUCUCCAUAAUAGCUGCUAUUUUCGGGAAUGGAAUACUGCCUGAAAUCCAAGCAACUUUGGCUCCCCCUGCUACUGGGAAGAUGGUGAAGGGCCUUUUGAUGUGUUAUAGUGUUAUUCUGGUUACGUUCUACUCAGCUGCGGUGUCUGGAUACUGGGUGUUCGGAAACAAAUCUAAUUCGAACAUACUCAAAAGCCUACUGCCAGAUGAGGGACCCUCCUUGGCUCCGACGUGGGUUCUUGGCCUUGGAGUCGCUUUUGUACUACUUCAGCUCUUUGCUAUUGGCCUGGUUUAUUCUCAAGUAGCUUAUGAGAUCAUGGAAAAGAAAUCAGCUGAUGUGAAACAAGGAAUGUUCUCCAAAAGGAACCUGAUUCCUAGGCUAAUUCUUCGGACACUUUACGUGAUAUUCUGUGGAUUUAUGGCAGCAAUGCUUCCAUUCUUUGGAGACAUAAAUGGUGUUGUUGGAGCUAUAGGCUUUAUCCCUCUAGAUUUUGUCCUCCCAAUGCUUCUCUAUAACAUGACCUACAAGCCUCCAAAAUCAUCUUUCACCUAUUGGAUCAACAUCUCUAUUAUAAUCGUGUUUACAGGAGCAGGAAUUAUGGGAGCAUUUUCCUCUAUAAGGAAGUUGGUUCUUGAUGCUAAUAAGUUAAAGCUCUUUAGCAGUGACGUGGUUGAUUAAAGCCUUAGUCUGCACAUAUAUCACUCCGCUAUCCUGCUCUGCAAUGGUUAAUUAGGCCCCUAAUUGAUAUGGAGAAAAUGUACACAGCUCGCUGCCAAGAAAGAAGAGGCAGAGUCAUUUACCAUAAAAGAGUGAUAAAAAUAUCCUUCGUCAACAAUAGAAGCAGGAGAAAUUUAUGGCUAUUGAGAAUCUGGUUAAAAUCCAUCCGAUUAUGUAAAAUAAUUUCUCCAGAAGUGGGCUGAGAAAUUGUACCUUUUAUUCCAUAUAAGAUGAUGUAUUUAAGGUAAAUUGAUGUAUACAUCACUAAAGAGACAUUUGAGCCGUUAAA